UAUUAUUAUCAUACGAUGAAAGUUGUCAUUAAAAUACACGUUUAUCACGCUAAAUAGAUAAAGUUGAGGUUUUGAUGAGUUUAUGUGUGAUAAUGUGUUUUCAUUCCAGUCUAGAUGAAAACUUUCAAUAUUUAGUAUCUUUUAACCAUGGACUGCUGUAGUGAUAUUUAUUUUUGGAGACAGUGUAUGGUGCUCAUAGCCACCUGCCUGUUCUCGGUCGGUACUGGUUUGAAGAUGGCAUUUCCCUCAGUUCUGAACCCAGACAUACUCUCUGCAAACGGCACUGGAAUACAUGCAACUCCAGAUCAGGCUUCCUGGAUAGCUAGCAUCAGUGGGAUUUCGGGCAUUGUUGGAUUUUGCAUGGCACCAUACAUUAUGAAAACAUAUGGUCGGAAAUCCGUUUACAUUGUAUUAAAUAUUCUUACUGCUCUAAGUUUCUUAAUAUUUUCUCUGGCAACUAACGUUACUAGUUUGUACGUGGCAAGAGUCGUGCAAGGGAUACCAACAUUUGCAAUUGUUAUGUCAACGUUUGUGCUGGGCGAAUACUCACACCCAAAGAGACGAGGAUACUUCAUUUCUGUAAAGAAAACUAUGUUCGCAAUCGGUUCACUACUGUGCCACUCGUUGGGUAUGUGCUGGACCUGGAAACAGAUUGCUGCUUUUGCAAUUCUGCCAUAUAUUCUUGCACUUAUUUUAACGUUAAUGUGGUGUGAAAGUCCAUCAUUCUUGGCUCUGACAGAAAAAUAUGAUAAAUGUGAAAAAUCACAUAGGUGGCUGUUCGGAGACAGUACAAAGAGUAAGAGAAACUUAGAAGAGUUGAUAUCAACUCAGAUGGAGGCGAGGAACCUGGAAAAAAAUAAGGAAAACAUGAGGACAGUGAUCAGAAAGUUGUUAAAGAAAGAUUUCAUUAAACCAUUUUUAAUUGUUUCUUUAUUGGCAAUUAUAAUGGAUGCAAGUGGUAAAUAUUACAUGGUUGCAUAUGUAGUUCAAAUUCUAACUGAACUCACGAAUGACAGUUCUAUCGCCGCAUAUUUGACAGUAGGUUCCGAUAUAUUAACAUUAGCUGCAUCAAUAAUAUCAUGUUUAGUGAUCCGAUGCUGUAAAAGACGCACAAUAAUAUUUACCUCUGGUGUAACUUGUGUGUUUUUGAUGUGUCUUACAAGUUUGAUUAGAUUUCUGAAAUCUCGUUAUCAUAUUGGGGAAUCCUUGUACUGGUGGUUUAUCCCUUCAAUUAUUUUAUCAAAUGUUUUCGUUAUUAACGUAGGGAUCAUACCCUCAGGCUUUGCAAUAAUGAGUGAAAUAUUUCCAUUAGAACACAAAGGCGCAGGUCUUUGUGCAUCGGGUAUAGUUUUUACUAUUUUAUUUUCACUUGUCAUGAAAUUUACUCCAUUGAUGAUGGAGAAAACAGGAGUUGAAGGUACAUUUGGCAUCUACGCACUUCACGUGGCUGUGGGUUUGUUGAUAUUAUAUUUCAUUUUAAAUGAAACUAAGGAUAAAACGUUACAGGAAAUAGAGAAAGAAAUCAGAGGCGUUAAAAAAUCUAAGUUUAAUGAGUAUUAUUUAAAUGAUAAAUUAAUUAUCAAAGCGUGAUACAACUGAUACUAAUAGGCAUUCUUUUCAUCUCUAUUUUAUAAUAUUGAUUCUAUUUCGUAUAAUAGGUAGGUAUAUAUUAUAAUAUAAUCUCUGAAAGUUCAACCUUGUUAAAGUGCAAUAGCACUGUGUAGAUUCCUUAAUUUAGGUAAUCAAGUGAGCCUGGCCUGGUAUAUACAAUAUAGCUGGCUAUUGUAAGUAAGUAGAGUGGAUGAAUUACGGGUGGAGGGAGUGGAGGGAGCGCAUAUACAAUUUUUAUCAACUC